ACACGACCACCCUUUUUUAGUUAAGUUCCCAGUUUCACUGUCCCAGCCGCCAAAUCAGAAACCAACCCUUUUCCGGCGAAAACUAACGAACAGAAAAACAGAACCAGUACUCCCUCUCUCUCUCUCUCAUGGAAGACGACGAGGAUACGCGUCAGCUGAGCAUAUACAGAGCCGCCAGAACCAUAAAGCGCAGGGACAACACCCUCUACAACGCCCUCAGAUCCAUCUACGACGACUCUGUCUUCGUCGGCGAGAUCUUCCAGCUCUGGCCCGACCUCCCUCUCCUCGCCAACCUCCGAUGUGGCCUCUGGUACUCCCGAAAGUUCCACGCCACGUGUUACUUCAAGUCCACCGACGGCCACAACAACAACUGGUCCUUCAACACGUCCCGGCUCAACCUCCACGUCGCUCAGCUCGCAGGACAGAAGGGCGGGUGUUUUAUUGUGGAUGCAACUAGGAGAGGGAAGCGGUUUCCGGACAGCAUGUCGAAGACGAUUCCGAUUUGGACUUGCGUUUUGAACCGUUCGAUUCAAAACCAUAGAGAAAGAAUGCGGCAGAGUGCUCUGGUUAAUGAUGGGCUGAGUUUAGAAAACCACAAGGAGCCAAGUACUUGUGAUGAAUAUUAUGGAGAUACAAGACAGAUGCCUAUUGAUUGGGAUUGUUCCUUGCAUCUUCCACUUUGGGUGUCUGGAACAGAGAGAGCUUCUAUCGAGAAGCGGGUAGAAGAAUGGACUCAACAGUUGGAUGCAAGUGGAGCUGAUAUUAGCUCUCUUGCUUCUUGUUUAAAAAAGCCUUUACGCCCUCUAUGGAUAUCACAGAAAACUGUCAUUUGGUUGAAUGAAGUUCCAGAUCAUGAGUCCUGGGAUUUCACACCUAUCAUUCUUGUUUCUGCCUCAUCCCCGAGUGGUGUUGUGCAACGCAGGAUUAGUUCAGAAUUUAGCUGGAAUUAUAUACCAGGAGCUGGUGAUGAUGAAGAAAGUUGGGCGAGGGGUUUAACACCUAGUCUUUUCUGGAAUUGUGCCUAUGAUGUUAUAAAUGCAGGUCCUGAAAUGUGUAAUCAGAUGGUGGCUGAUAUAGUUGAGAAGGAUAGAGUGUAUCGUGCUCGAAGGGGACAGGAUGCUCCUCAGGUCACUGUUAAGGCUCCAAAUCUGUUACCAAGCUCGGAUCAUCGGUUGAGGGACAAUGAUGAGUCACAAUUAGCUGUGGAUCUUGCAAACUUUAAUAUCGAUCGUAAUUCUUCUGAUGAAGAUUGUGCUAUAUCUUGGCUUGGUUUGACUAACCUUGCUGUAGGCACAUCUCAAAACGCCGGAGUAUCUAAAGUUGACUGCAUAUUAAAUUGUGAUAAGGAGUCUAUCUCUGCUGAUCCUAAAGCAUAUUUACAUCUUCCUAUGGUGACAUCAAAGUUUGAUCGCUUCUCCUUGUUAAAUAAUCUCCCUUCUGCGGUAAACUUUGCAAAGUUGAACCUCAGCCAAGGGAAGACACUUCUAAUUUGUUGCGAUAAUGGGGAAGAUAUCAGUGUAUGCAUCUGUCUGGCAAUCUUGACAGCACUAUUUGAUGAAGAAGGAACCUUCGAUGGUGGAAACUUCUUCAGUGACACAUGCAUUACCAAGUUAGAAAUGCGGAGAAGACUCAUUACUAUCUGCAAAUAUGUAGUAAAUGCCAGGCCAUCAAGAGGGAAUCUGAAGCAGGUUUUUAACUUUCUUAGUGGUGGAAGAGCUGGUUCGACAAACAUGCCUACGUAGGCCUUCACUUUUGCAGGAAUCCUAACAGCUGAUGACGAAUACUCUCAGGAUUAGCUACUCGAAUACAUUACAAAAAUUUUUUGCUGAAAUUAUGCAAGGUACAGGCUCUCUUGGCUAUGGCAAAGCAAUUAUGCUCAUUGAUGCCAUUCUGUUGUAACAUUAGUGUGAGGGAGAAAACUGAGGCAUGGAAUUUGUAUAAAACGAGCAAGCAUUCCUUGGAACGAAGGAAAGGAACUUGAACAAUAAACAAGCUUUGUGGCA